CAUCCCCAUGUUCAUUCAUCCAACCAACCUGGCGCUUUCACCGUUCACCGACCACCACCGCCGCCACCACCACCACUUUUCAUCAUUCACCACGAGCCAGAAAUGAAGCUGGGGCUGUCGCUUUGUCGUUUGGUGAACGGGGCGAGUGUGGCGGCGCGCAGCGCGCUUGCAGGAAGACAGUGCAGCCAUGUUCGCGUUGCUCGGCCAGUGAGGGCGAGCAGUACGCGCAUGACACCGGUGCAUCCGCAGAUUGGCGUGGCAUGCGUCAUGUUCGACAGCGCGCGGCUGGAAGACCCGCACGUGCUGCUGAUCCAGCGCAAGAACCCGCCAGCGCAAGGGCUGUGGUCGUUCCCGGGCGGGCGGCUGGCGCUGGGCGAGGAGGUGACCGCUGGCGCAGCCCGAGAGGCGCGCGAGGAGACAGGCAUCACCGCGGCAGCCAUGGGGCCGCUCGUGAAGCUGAUCGACGGCAUCUUCACCAACGCGUCCGGCGAGGUGCAGCACCACUACGUCAUCUUGGACUUCCUGGGCGUUGGCACAGGUACACCUCGCGCGGGCGACGAUGCGUUAGACGCAAAGUGGUUGCCGGCCCACAAGGUCGCAUCCCUCGUCCCGUGCCAUGAAGGCGUUGUGCCUGCCAUCGAAGCUGCGCUCGCUGCGCUUCCCGCCUUCCUGCACCAACAGCGGCCGGGUGCUUCAGCCACCGCCGAAUCACCACCGCUGAUCUUCGCAACCCCGCCACCCGAACCCGGCACCCCUUGACACAGGAGGGACCCUUGUGCCUACAUGUGUGGCCAUCUCUUCAUAUUGCGCUCUACCCG